CAAACAAAAUUCGGUGUUUUCAUGUUUUGCUUUAGCUUUUUUUUGAUGCAAAAGUGCAAAAGUUUUAGAUUUCUGAAGAAACUUUAUAAAUUCUUCAGUUGAAAAAGAACUCAUCCAUGGAUGAUUAUUAGCUGAAAUUUGUCGUUCCGUUAUGAAGAAUUAUAUCAAUUUGUAACCUGCUUCGCUGAAGAAGAACUAUCAUGUCUAUUGAAAUAGAGUCGGCCGACGUUGUUCGGUUGAUUCAACAAUACCUCAAGGAAUCAAACUUGAUGAAAACUUUGCAAUGCCUGCAAGAGGAAACCGGCGUUACAUUGAAUACUGUCGAUAGCGUAGAAAGUUUCGUCGCCGAUAUCAACAAUGGACACUGGGAUACAGUCUUGAAAGCUAUACAAUCUCUGAAACUUCCUGAUAACAAACUUAUCGACUUAUAUGAACAGGUUGUAUUAGAACUGAUCGAAUUACGUGAGCUCGGAGCUGCUCGGUCUCUACUUCGUCAAACUGAUCCUAUGAUCGUUAUGAAACAACAAGAACCAGAACGAUAUAUCCAUCUAGAAAAUUUACUCGCGAGAUCAUUUUUCGAUCCUAGAGAAGCGUAUCCCGAAGGUACAUCGAAAGAAAAACGUAGAAUGGCGAUUGCUACCGCAUUAGCUGGCGAAGUAUCCGUAGUACCAUCUUCGAGAUUAUUAGCUCUUUUAGGACAAGCGUUGAAAUGGCAGCAGCAUCAAGGACUUUUACCACCGGGAACAACUAUCGAUUUGUUUCGUGGUAAAGCUGCUAUUCGUGACUUAGAAGAAGAAAAAUAUCCGACUAUGCUUUCCAAAGAAAUCAAACUUGGUAAAAAGACGUACGCAGAAUGCGCAGCAUUUUCUCCCGAUGGUCAGUUUUUAGUCACUGGAACCGUUGAUGGAUUCAUUGAAGUAUGGAAUUUUACGACUGGCAAAAUCAGAAAAGAUUUGAAAUAUCAAGCUCAAGAAAGUUUUAUGAUGAUGGAAGAAGCAGUUCUGUCUUUAGCAUUUAGUCGUGACAGUGAAAUGUUAGCGUCUGGUGCUCAAAACGGUAAAGUCGUCAUCUGGAAACUUCUGACUGGGCAAUGUCUAAGACGUAUAGAAAAAGCUCAUUCUAUGGGAGUUACGUGCUUACAAUUCUCUAAAGAUAAUAGCCAAGUAUUGUCUGCCUCAUUCGAUAAUACAUUAAGAAUACACGGUCUUAAAUCUGGAAAAACGCUGAAAGAAUUCCGUGGCCAUCAAUCAUUCGUUAACGACGCAGUCUUUUCUGUCGAUGGACAUAAUAUUCUAAGUGCAUCGAGUGACGGUACCGUGAAAAUUUGGAAUCUGAAAUCAACCGAAUGUGUUAGCACCUAUAAAGCUUUAGGUGCCGGAGACGUAGCUGUUAAUUCUAUUCAUCCUCUUCCUAAAAAUCCUGAACAUUUUAUAGUCUCUAAUAAAACCAAUACCGUAAUUAUCAUGAAUAUGCAAGGCCAGAUCGUGCGAUCGUUUUCAAGUGGUAAAAGAGAAGGUGGUGAUUUUGUCUGUUGUACGAUAUCUCCUAGAGGAGAAUGGAUCUAUUGUGUCGGUCAAGAUUUUGUAUUAUAUUGUUUUUCCAUUACUUCUGGAAAAUUGGAACGUACUUUGAAUGUUCACGAAAAAGAUGUGAUUGGCGUUACACAUCAUCCUCAUCAGAAUUUACUUUGUACUUAUAGCGAAGAUGGUUUACUCAGAUUAUGGAAGCCGUAAUUUUCAUGAAUAUUGACCUAUUAUUGUUUUUGUACAUUAAAGUCACUGUGUAUUCUUUACUAGAAUUGUAAAUACAUAAUUUUUUACAAUU